AAUAAAUUUUAUGUUGCUUCAGCGUAAAAAAUCAAUUAAAGUCUAAAUUGGCGCACCCUUAAAUUCGCAUGUAAUAAAUUUACUAUGAAAUUGGAUGAAAUUGUUGCAUGGUAUCAGAAAAAGAUUGGCACUUAUGAUAAACAACAAUGGGAAAACACGGUUGAACAAAGAAUCCUCGAUGGCUUCAGUAGUGUGACUUUAAAAACUGCUAAAUUGAAAACAGAAUUAAUUGAUGUGGACUUAGUGAGAGGUUCAACAUUUCCUAAAGCCAAACCAAAAGAAAGUUUUCUAACUGUGAUACGUCUGGCGUUCUUACGUUAUUUCUUUUUACCUUUAUAUGCGCAAUGGUGGGUGAAACAGACAUCUCCAAAUAUUUUUGGUGUAUUACUAGUACUAUAUAUAACACAAAUGAUAACAUGGGCUGUAUAUGCCUUGAAUAUAAAUCGUACAAAUCAAGAAGGAGUUUCUGUAACUGGAAUAGUAUACAGCCUAUCAGCAAAAAAUUUGACCGUUUCUCAAAAUGGAGAAGUACCUGAAAAGCAGUCGGAAGAGCAUAUUGUUUCGUUGGCCGAACUGCUGAUACCAAUGACAUUAAGUUUUCUUCUUAGUUUGGUACACUCACAGAUUGUUGCAACCACCACGGCUACUAAUAAUAAUAAAAAUAAACGUAGACGAUUUUCAAAUUCUAAUGUGAAUGGUAAAUUGUCACGGGAUACAAGACUAAGACGACGAAAGAAAUUAGUGAAGAAUUCCUUUGUUGAAGCUGCCUCACAACAACGUAAGCCAUUAACCAUUGCCAAAAAACCUCAUUCAAGUGAAGAGAUAUCUGCGAAAAUUCUAUCAAAUACUACCAUAGAUAAAACUGGUGAUAGUAAUUAUGCAACUAAGAUCUAUAAAAUUUCUAAUUCUAGAACAUAUUACGGUUUUCCAACUUCUAAAGAAAAUUUUAAUAAUUUAGCUGAUAUAAAUUUAAAUGCCACCGUUAAUGCUUUUCCAACACUUAGACUUGAUCUCAAAGGCAUGGUUGAUGACAAAAGUGCAUCAUGUAGCACAGACUGCUCAUCGACUGAUACUCAACUUAGUAUUUCAAAUAAAAAACGUAACGUAAAUUGGCAUAAUCCUUUGGAGAACUUUAAAAAAGAAACACACGAAAAACAGCAGCAAACUUCACCACAAACUGGAUCAUCCACAACCACAAGUGAAACUAAUUCACCAAACAAUUGGGAAGCUAAUAUACCCAUUAAUAGUAGUUUACCUAAUAGUUGUUGUAUGCGGAAAAACAAUAGUUCACCCAAUAAAACUGUACGUAUUGAUGAUAAUGUCGAAAUUAUUGAUGGAUCUGUACAUGAAGUAAGAGAAAUAGCAGGGGAAGAAGUACGUAAUGUCGAAGCUUUGGAGAACAAUUCUAAUAUUAGACGAGCAAUUGGCGAAGAUGAUGGUUUCGAAAGUUUAAAUGGUAAAAGUUCGAGUGGUGAAGAAACAAAUUCGCCACUACCAUCCACUUCAAGUGCGUGUGUUCCAAAUCUUCUGAGAUUACGUGCUAGUACCGGAGAUUUUUUAAAACAAUUAGAUGCUCAACCAAAGAAAACCUUGCCUUAUCCCAUAAAAUCACACAUAAUGUCUGGUGUAGAUUUAGCAAAAAGAAUAUCGUCAGUAAUUAAUGAAGAACCAAUAAAAUUUUCAAAUUUAAAAUUCAAUCGACGAACAGAUGAGAGCAGUUGUGAUACAGAUGAAGAAGGAGAUGAUGGUGAAACUAUUUCGAGUCCCAACUCACUGUGCAAUAACUCUAAUUACAAUGAAUGCACUACAUCGGCUACUGAAUGGUUGGGUGUUACUACAAACAGUGAAGAUUGUAGUUAUAGUUCAGAUAUAAAUAACUUAGAUGAUUAUAAAAACCAACAAAUUUCUGAUGAUAAUGGCUACGAUGCCGAUUUUACACCAACAACUAUAUUAAAUCCACAUAGCACCACCGAUAGAAUUAGUUGUACUGUUUGGGAUCAGCGAGAGAUUAAGAAAGCUCAAAUGUCUGUACUUGAAAUUUCGUCCUGCAUUAUAGCACGUGUAGAAUCUAUGCCUGAAACGAAUGAUUACAUAUAUAUCGGCAUAUUUUUUUCAUUUAUUUUAUCUUUAAUACCAAUAUUUUGCCGUUUGUGUGAGAUCGGUAUAAACUCGGAGGAAACAACUGAAAUCAAUUAUUUAGAUAUUCCUAUACUGUUAUGGGAAAAGUCCUCGUCUUCAAUUUAUACCAUUCUGCUCUUCGCAUUUGGGCAAACAAAUUGGGAACGAACUAUACUGGUUAUAGCGUUCAUACAGCGUUUAAUUUUGUCUAUGGUUCUGUUUAUAAUCUUUUCCGUUGCAGAGAGAACUUUUAAACAAAGGUUUCUGUAUGCAAAACUGUUUUCACAUAUAACAUCUUCCCGGCGUGCUCGGAAAUCGAACAUACCACAUUUUCGUUUAAAUAAAGUACGCAAUAUUAAAACUUGGCUGAGUGUGCGCUCAUAUCUGAAGAAACGUGGACCACAACGUUCAAUUGACAUUAUCGUAUCAGCAGCCUUUUUGGUUACGCUGUUACUAUUAUCUUUCCUAAGCGUUGAGUGGUUGAAGGAUUCCGUGCACCUACAUUCGCAUUUAAAUUUGGAAGCACUACUUUGGUCAGUUACUAUUGGUGUAUUUUUAUUAAGAUUCAUGACACUUGGAAAUAAAAUUCAUGAUAAAUAUCGCAGUGUUUCUGUUUUAAUCACAGAGCAAAUUAAUUUAUAUCUACAGAUCGAACAAAAACCUAAAAAGAAAGAUGAACUCAUGGUCUCUAAUAGCGUCUUAAAGCUGGCUGCUGAUCUCUUAAAAGAACUUGAAACACCAUUCAAAAUUUCAGGUUUAAGCGCAAAUCCCUAUUUAUUCACCACAAUAAAAGUAGUCAUAUUGUCUGCACUUUCGGGUGUGUUAAGUGAAAUGUUAGGCUUUAAAUUGAAAUUACACAAAAUCAAAAUCAAAUAAAUAUAUUUUAAGUACAAAAUAUA